GUGCCCUUACGCUGGACAUGAAGCUGGGUGGCGGCUUACCUUACGGUCGGAUUGUUGAGGUCUUCGGCCCGGAGCAAAGUGGCAAGACAACCCUUGCACUGUCUUCCGCGUACCAGGUGCAGAAGCACGGCAAUCGCAAGCGCGUGGCUUUCAUCGAUGCUGAGCAG